AUGUCAAGUUGGUUAACAUUUUUUCGGUUAAGAAAAAUAGAAGACAAAGAAGGGAACAAUUCGACGGAAGAAUUGGGAGCUACGUUGCUAAAUCCAUCAAUUCUACAGGAAUUAGAUGAGGAACAACAAGAUCACAUAAGAGAAGUUUUUCGGCGAGCAGAACAGUCACACAAAGAAGCCCGAGUUGUGUUGAAUACAAAAAAGCUUUCUAGACUCAGUGAUGCAAGAUUUCGAGGAACAGUUGACGAAAAUGAAGAAUUUUUUACCGUUCGGAAUGAAAACUCUGUGCAGAUGGACUCACUGCCAGAAAAGGCAUGCGAUUCGUUACUCAAUUCUACUUACAGUUGUUCAGGAUCCUCGAUUGGUGACUUAAAAGAUACGAAAAACUCAUCUAGAGAACCCGGAAACUUCACACAAAGCAUCAAACGACUUAGCAGGCAGUUAUACCGCUGGAUGAGCUCUCUUGAUGAUGAUGGAGGUGAUAUACUAACUUCUGCACGGAAAUUGGUUCGCUUUUCAACUCCUCUUAAUAUAGAAAGGAAUACAGGCUUUGCGAAAUAUGUAUCUAAGAUGUCGCACGAAAUUUGCACACUAGCUAUAGCUGAUUCUGUCUGUAAGACUGUUCUGGACCAGUACUGUCAUUGGCUGUGUACUGUCAUAUUUACUGCUGUAUAUAACGAAUUAAAAUUGAAAUAUGGAACCGAUGCUGAAAUAGAUAGACACUGCUCCGAACUGACAAUCAACAUCUUCAAAUGUGUCUACUUGAAUGCGGUGGAAUUACUUCGCGGCCAAGAACAACUACCUGCGACUUGGUCUGGAAGUGAUCACAACGUGCCUAUUGCCUUACUGCGUGCUUCCUCUACAACCUUUAAAAAAUCAGUUUCUUGUGAAUGUAUUCAGUCUUUGGCACAUCUCAUUGAUCAAGAGUCAACGUUGUAUUGCCAUUCAGAAUUUGAUGAUGACUAUGCGGAAGAAUUUUGUUAUGUGCUUCUGGAGGAAGAGAAAGAAAAGCUUUCACAAGAACUAACGUCUGUAUUGCAGAACUUCGCAGAGGAGCUUUGGAUUCAUAUUUUAGCCUUAGUUCUUGCUGAUGUUAUGCUGAAAAAACAAGACUCCAUGCUACAGGAACAGUUUCCGGGGGCCAACUUAACUUCAUUGGUUCAGGAAAGCAUUCAGGAAGGAAGACGAAACUCUUUCUCUUCUACGGAUGACUACAGCCAUCUCGAUGACAGUAGCUGCAGCGCAUCAUCUGAUGAAUUUGUAAAUGAGUACACUUUAUUAGACAGCGAAAAACAGGAUCUACGUCUCUAUAUCAAGCAACAAGUUCAUGGUAAGAUGAGUCCACCACUGAUACUCUAUGAGGUGGAUCCGACUCGAGAUAUUUACCUGAAUCCUUCACUUACUAGCUUCUACGAAACUAAAAAACAAAGUAGAUCAGAAUCCAGAGGUUCCGUUUCAGAAUUUUCAGAAGCAGAAUGGAAUACUGAGCAAGAGCUCGAUUCAGAAAGUUAUCACAACGAGAGUUUUUAUGAAGAAAAAUCCACUUCAGCAGCAAUGGAACAGUUAGGCAUUAAUGAAGAGAUGGGAAACACUGAAGUGAUGAAAUACAUAGAACAAAUUAUAAAAGAGGCCGAGUGUCUUGUGUUAGAUGAAGCAACAUCAAAAUAUGUUACAAACGUUGCAGACAUAGCUGAGAAGGAAAUUGAUGUUCAGAAAGUUAUUAUGAGUGAAGAACCUGAAUUUGAAUCAACCGUAGACGAACUGGAGCAUAUAGCACAUAUUUCACGCAUGGCUGAAGAAGCAUUUGGUAAUCAAACAUUACAAAGCUCUGAGAUUGAUAAGAAUUUGGUUAGAAAGGAAGAUCAAAUAAAUUCGAAUUAUGAAGAAUAUAAUGUGGAGGAAAAUGAACCGGAGAAGUUUUCCGAACAAAGUCAGUCUAGAACAAGUUCUGUAACGUCAGGUCCGGAUUCUUCACAGGAAUCCAUGGAUAUAAAAAUGAAUUCGAUUUUGCCUUCAGUUGAUAUGUUUGCAACUGAUGACAUGAAAUUUACAGAAGAUAUUUUAUCAACCGAAACAAUAACACCG